AUAUUGAAUUGUUCUCUGAGGUUAAUGACAAAGAAGAUUUUGAUAAUUUUGAUAAUUCAACUGAUUAUAUUGAUCCAGAAAUUGAACAUCAAGACUUAAAACUUGAAAAUUUUAUAAAUUUAAAUAAUACAGAACAAGAUGUUAAUAACUUUGAUGAAGACCAAUUUGGUGCGGAGGUUGAAGGGUUAAUAUAUAGUACACAAUAA